AUGUCCGUGCGACUCGGUGGAGCUUUGAGAGAACUAAGAAUACACUUAUGCCAAACAAGUCAACAAUCUGCUGGAGUGAGGGAAUUCAUUAACAAAAAUUAUGUGAAUAUCAAGAAAGAAAAUCCUAAUUUUCCAAUCCUGAUUCGUGAGUGCAAUGGCAUCCAACCACGUAUAUGGGCCCGUUAUGAUAAAGGUGUUGAGCGCAGCGCACCUCUAACAAAUUUAUCGGCUAGUGAUGUCCUUGCUGCUUUAAAACAAUUUGUAAAAUAA